CCACGUGACGCGGCGCGCCCUCCGCGAAGCCGCGCCUCCUGAGCCUCGCGGGCCGCCGUCGCAGUGGGCGGAAGGCGGGCAGCGAGCCGCGGCGCCUGCGACGCCGCUCCGGGGCUGCGCGCGUCUGCGCCCGCCUCCCUCCCCCUCCCCCUCCUCCGCGUUGAUGGCGGCGGCGAUUAUGGCGGCGGUGGCGGAGCAGGACGCCUCGAAAGGCGGUGGCAGGAACCGCGGCGGCGUGCAGCGCGUCGAGGGCAAGCUGCGCGCCAGCGUAGAGAAAGGCGACUACUACGAAGCGCACCAGAUGUACCGGACGCUCUUCUUCAGGUAUAUGUCACAAGGAAAACAUGCAGAAGCAAGAGAGCUAAUGUAUUCAGGGGCAUUGCUGUUCUUCAGUCAUAGCCAGCAAAAUAGCGCUGCUGAUCUGUCUAUGCUGGUUUUGGAGUCUUUGGAGAAAUCAGAUGCAAAAGUAACGGAUGAUCUUUUAGAAAACUUGGCUAAAUUGUUUAGUUUAAUGGAUCCAAAUUCCCCUGAAAGAGUGGCUUUCGUAUCCAGAGCACUGAAAUGGUCUAGCGGGGGAUCAGGAAAACUUGGUCAUCCAAAACUACACCAGUUACUAGCCAUUACCUUGUGGAAAGAGCAAAACUAUAGUGAAUCUCGGUAUCACUUCUUGCACUCCACAGAUGGCGAAGGAUGUGCAAAUAUGCUAGUAGAAUACUCCUCGUCCAGAGGAUAUCGCAGUGAGGUGGACAUGUUUGUAGCACAGGCGGUCCUACAAUUUCUCUGCUUAAAAAAUAAGACCAGUGCAUCAGUUGUUUUUACGACAUACACACAGAAACAUCCAUCAAUAGAAAAGGGUCCACCCUUUGUUCAACCACUGCUAAACUUCAUCUGGUUUCUGUUAUUGGCAGUUGAUGGAGGAAAACUAACAGUAUUUACAGUAUUGUGUGAACAGUAUCAACCUUCACUGAAAAGAGAUCCCAUGUAUAAUGAGUACCUAGAUAGAAUAGGACAGCUUUUCUUUGGAGUUCCGCCCAAGCAGACAUCGUCCUACGGAGGAUUACUAGGAAAUCUUUUAAACAGUCUGAUGGGAACUGGAGAAGACGAUGACACAGAGGAUGGUCAGGAAGAUAGCAGUCCUAUCGAACUUGACUGAAUAUUUUUGUCCGCGGGUGCCGUGUAAAUCUGAUGAUUCGAUGACUCCAAAGACAGUUUUGGAAUUUGAAUCUUGCAGUUGUUUCUUGGCGCCUAAAAGGGCUCCUCCGGUCUUUUAGAAAUGGUUGCUGAAAUGUUUAUAAUGUUCGGUCUAUAUUAUUUAUGUAAAAAAAAAAAAAAAAAAGAAAGAAAGAAACCAACAAAAAGUAGCCAAAAGAACCAAUCGGAGCAAUUGUUAGCAGGUUUCCGAUACGGCGGCUGGUGACUUUGAUUAAAAUAUAGUCUUCUGCGGUUUCUGAUGCAGUACUCCCUUUUGCACAGUAAUUCAGUAAAGUGUAAGUAUGGGUCUUGUACUUCAUGGCCUACCCAAUACCAUCUUUGUUACAAGAAAGCCUCCUUGACCUCUGCCAUCUCCAAGGAACAUCUCGAAAGGCAGGGUGAUUAACUGAGUAAUUUAUUUGUGAGGCUGGUGCCAAAAGUAUUGCGAGAUGAGCCAAACAGUGUAAUGAGAGAUGCACAUCUGAGACUGAUACCAAGAACUCACUUCCACUGCGCUGAGUCAACAUGCACGCUAUUCAUGCUGCCUCUCAGUCUAUUUAAGAUCUGGCCCUGGCUGAGCCCACAUGUGUUUAGCUGAUAUUUUUGGAAAAGCACAAGAUUGAAUUGCUUUUGAGUAAAAGCUGAUCAGUGGGAUAUAGGUAAUUGGCUUCCAUGUGGAUCUCUCUGGCCUAGGUAUAAAAAUCUGGCAUCUAAAAUACCUCCUCUGGCUUGUGGCUCUACUCCUUUGGAGCAGGUUGUUUCUCAGUGUAAGUUCAUAAGCAUACGUAAAGGCAUUUUAUAAGUGAAUGAAAUGAUUUGCCACAAGCAACAUAUGUGUUUAAACCGCAGCUCUAUGUAAAGAAAAGGGAUACUGCAGAACUUUUUGUUCUUUAUGAUAUAUUUAUUUUUCUUGGGUGAUUGAUUCAUUUAACACUUCCUGUAAAAAGAAUAAAUCAAUAAAUAAUGGAGUAACUUCAACCCCAGUGAUAGGCAUAGCAAUUCUACAUCUCCUCCUCUUUAAUGCAGCACACUGGAUGUCAGUGGUACAGUGAGCAGAUGAAAUGGGGAAACGCUUUAUUUUUUCAUGGUGAAAAUAAAAAGGCUUAGAUUAAUAAACAGCAAUCAUGCAUAGGGGAGGGAGGGAAUAAUACAAACAUAUUGACUGUAUGAAAAAGAAAAGGCAUUGAAAGGAAGACUUUGUAUUAAUUGUGAAGUCUCAAAUAAACACUUUAUACCAGGUUGAACGACAA